GUGCCUGCAGAGGUCUCUGUGGUGACCAGGUUGUAAGGCGCAGCAGGUCCACACUGGUCACCGCCGAGACUAAAGGUGUGUCUUCCAUUCCCUGUGGCCAUUUCCUGCCAAGAAGCCCCACGUCCACGCUUGCUUCACCUCUCCAUUCUAGAUCUUGGGAUUCCUCCUUCCGAGCCGACAUCCAGAUCCGGCCUUCAAAGCCAGCCUUCCAUUCCUUCCUUUUCUACCUCGGGUCUCCCGCCCGCCCGCCCGGGAGCUCUCGACCUGGGCCAUGGCCCUAAUGGUGGGCCGGGGACCUGGGCAGCGAGAAGCUGUGGCCAUUCUGCUUCUUAUGGGAUUGCUCCAGCCAAGAACGGGAGCUGCCGGGGCUGAAGCCUCCUGUGGUGUAGUCAUGCAGCCACGCAUCACAGGUGGUAGCAGCGCAAAGCCUGGCCAGUGGCCUUGGCAGGUCAGUAUCACCUACGACGGCAUCCAUGUGUGUGGCGGGUCUCUCGUGUCGGAUCAAUGGGUGGUGUCAGCUGCUCACUGCUUCCCCAGAGAACACUAUAGGGACCAAUAUGAAGUAAAGCUGGGAGCCCACCAGUUAGACUCCUACAGCAAUGACACUGUGGUCCGCACAGUGGCUCGUAUCAUCUCCCACUCAAGCUACCGUGAAGAGGGCUCCCAGGGUGACAUUGCUCUCGUCCACCUUAGCAGUCCUGUCAACUUUUCCCGCCACAUCAAACCCAUCUGCCUCCCUGCAGCCAAUGCCUCCUUUCCCAACGGCCUCCACUGUACUGUCACAGGAUGGGGUCAUGUGGCCCCUUCAGUGAGCCUCCAGACACCCAAGCCACUGCAGCAGCUUGAGGUACCACUGAUCAGCCGUGAAACCUGUAGCUGCCUGUACAACAUCAAUGCCGUGCCUGAAGAACCCCAUACUAUCCAGCCGGACAUGCUGUGUGCUGGCUAUGUGGAGGGAGGCAAGGAUGCUUGCCAGGGUGACUCUGGGGGCCCGCUCUCUUGUCCCAUAGAAGGCCUCUGGUAUUUGGCAGGCAUUGUGAGCUGGGGUGAUGCCUGUGGAGCCCCUAACAGGCCUGGAGUAUAUACUCUGACUUCUACCUAUGCCUCCUGGAUCCACCACAAUGUGGCAGAACUCCAGCCUCGAAUGGUUCCCCAAACUCAGGAGUCCCAGCCAGAUGGCCACCUCUGCAACCAUCAUCAUGUUUUCAACUCAGCUGCAGCCCAGGGACUGUUAAGGCCCUUACCUUUCCUGCCACUGGGCCUGACCCUGGGCCUCUUCUGCCUUUGGUUUGAACAUUAAGCUACUUAACCCUCAAAGUUGACCAUGCUUCCAAGACCAAAAGCACACCCAAGGACAUGUGCCUGUUCUGGAGGGCAGUGCACCAACCUGAUCUUUGAGCCCUUCAGCUGCAUUUGCUCUUUGGGAUUAUAAUCUAGGGCCAAGAAGUUACAGCCUGUGGAAUGGGCCAGAAAUUUUAGCCAUCUUUCUCUGUUAUCUGCAGCUUAUUGGUUAGGCUCCUACAGAGCUCCCAGAAGCCUCAGCUAGGAAAAUGAGCCCUGACUUCAACCUGUGUCUAGUUCACAGGACAGCUGCCUAGCUGACUGCUUCGAAAGGCUGGCUUCAGGGCCUACCCAUCCUGCCUGAUGAGCCCAUUACUUUGUCCUCUCUCUGUCUCCCUUUCAGACAGGGAAGACCUCAGCUUUACUCCACUGGCUGCCAAGCCUGCUUUGAGCCCAACUCCUGGACUCCGGAGGACUGAGCCCCCACCGGAGCUGGCUGGGGCUUGGAUCAGGGAGAGGGAUAAAAGGAGCAAGGAGCAAAUGUUUUAAACACAACUGGCUAUAUGUGAGGUGAAAUGGAGAAUGUCACCCUUUGGCAUCUCCUUUGUACCUCUAAAGUCCAGCACACCAGCAGAAUUUACUUUAUUAAAAAAUGACACAAAA